UUGGACAGACAGAAAACACCCAGUUUCACUUCACUGGAUGCUUUCUACCAACAGCUGGUUCGCCGCUGGACGCGCAAUUACGCACGGCUGCAAAAUAACAAUAACAGACUCACUGUCCAAUUUUAAAUAUCAGGAUCGCUUUAUUCUGAUGUAUUUUUCAAAACUAAGGGGACGUUUGUCUUUCUGUCUUCCGUGUGUGUGGAUUUCUUUCUGCAACGUCCCCAGAAAGUGAUGAGCAGUGCGGAGCCAGGGAUUGUGAUCUCCGCGUAAACUUCUCUUCUCUUCGUCUCUAUCCGCUGAAAAUCUUCCAUUAAGAAUGCAAGUCCUCCUAUACACAGCCGUGUUCCUGUACCUCAAGGAGUCCGCCGGCGCACAGCCAAAAGACAAGUGUCCGACGCGGUGCGAUGUGAGUACCUGUCCGAGCCCCGGCUGCCCCAGCGGCUACGUGCCGGACCGCUGCAACUGCUGCCUGGUGUGCGCCCAGGCGGAGGGAGAAAUGUGCGGACGCAAGGACGACCUGCCUUGUGGGGACGGACUGGAGUGCAAACACCCGGGGGGCAAGCGGCUCUCCAAGGGCUUCUGUCGGUGCAGGUUCCGCCUGGACGUGUGCGGCAGCGACGGGAAGACGUACGGCAACGUGUGCCAGCUGAAGACGAACAGCUGGAAGGCGCUGCAGCAGGGACUAACGGGCAUCACCCAGGUCCAGAAGGGACCGUGUGAGAACAGCACAGGUCCUUCACAUGCUGCCAGUCCUCGUUACAAGUUCAACUUCAUAGCCGACGUGGUGGAGAAAAUCGCCCCUGCUGUGGUCCACAUCGAACUCUUCCUCAGGCAUCCUCUCUUCGGUCGGAACAUCCCUCUUUCUAGUGGAUCUGGGUUUGUGAUGUCAGAUAACGGACUGAUUGUUACCAACGCCCACGUAGUAUCCAGCACCACACCAGUGUCCGGUCAACAGCACCUCAAGGUCCAGAUGCAUAAUGGUGAUGUAUAUGAAGCCAACAUCAAAGACAUUGACAAGAAGUCAGACAUCGCUACCAUCAAAAUCAAUUCACAGAUGAAACUGCCCAUAUUGUUUCUGGGCCACAGUGCAGACCUGAGGCCCGGGGAGUUCGUGGUUGCCAUUGGCAGCCCCUUCGCCCUCCAGAACACCGUCACCACAGGCAUCGUCAGCACCGCCCAGAGAGACGGCAAGGAGCUGGGCCUCAGGGACUCCGACAUGGACUACAUCCAGACGGAUGCUAUAAUCAACUAUGGGAAUUCAGGAGGACCUCUUGUCAAUUUGGAUGGGGAGGUGAUUGGCAUCAACACCCUGAAGGUUGCAGCAGGAAUCUCAUUUGCCAUUCCCUCCGACAGGAUCACUCGCUUCCUCAACGAUUCACUCGACAAGCACAGCAAAGAUGUAAGGUCAAUAAAGAAACGCUUCAUUGGAAUCAGGAUGCUGACCAUCACACCAGCGUUGAUUGAAGAGCUUAAACAGAACCCAGACUUCCCCGAUGUUACCAGUGGGAUUUAUGUUCAUGAAGUUGUACCUCACUCACCUGCACAGAAAGGCGGGAUCAAAGAUGGUGACAUUAUUGUGAAACUGAAUGGCAAACCGCUGAUGGCCACGGCCGACCUGCAGGGGGCACUGCAGGAGGAGACAGCCCUUCUGCUGGAGGUCAGGAGGGACAAUGAUGAUCUGCUCUUCAACAUCGAACCUGACGUUAUCAUGCAGUAGACAUCGGAAGCGCCUCUCUCAUGUGGAGUUAGAUCAACAUGUAAGAACACGGUGGAUGGUGGAAGCUCUGCAUCAGUGCAGUGGAACUUUUGUCAAGCGCACACUUCUUCUGGUACUUUGGGAACUGGCUAUUAACGGUACCAAAGUAAAAGAAGCCCAUGGUGCAAUGCAGUUUUGGUAUCCAGGAUGUACAGCUGUGCCUUCCAUCUGCUCAGACCAGGUCAACGUUGGAACAUGUCCAUGUACACCCUACAGAAUGGCAUAAACCCAAACCCUAUAAUAUAUGUUAUGUUUCACUUUGAUUAUACAUUGUUGAACCAGUAGACACAUUUGCUGUACAAGUAUCUCAGAAAUCUGAUGUUCAUAUGAAGCAAUCAUGGCUCACAUUCACAUCAUUCACAUCACAAAAAGAUAAAAGCAAUGUUGAUGAAUGUACAGUUGAAUUGAUAAUUUCCCAUAAUUUUAUUUUUAAAACGAUGGUGAUUAUGGUGAAUUUGCUCUAAAGCAGUUUUCUGACUGGCAGACAUGGUCAAAAGCUUCCAUAAAUAAAUACAAGUCCACAAAACUCCAAUGACCCCUCUAGUGUCCAUCCAGAAUCUGCAUUGCUUCCCAUCAGAACUGGUUUUUGUACUACUUUGCUGAAUGGAUGGAUGGAUACUGAGAGUCACUGGGUGUGGCUUGUGAUUGCCAGUCUGACCCAAAAAUAAAUGCACCAAUGGCAACUUCAAUUUCAAAUGAACAAACAGAAUUGUAUUGAAUGAUAGAGGUUAAUAAGAUCAAGUCUGUGUACGUCAAAGUAUUCAAGUCAUUAUACAUUAAAAACGUAGUGCAAUCCUAACAAUUCAGUCACCUUCAUCAACUCUGCUUUCAUCACUUAUCAUUUGACUAUAGAUGAUUCUUAACAAAGUGUCUUGUGUCUUGCACAGUGGACUACACUUUGCACCAUUUAUUCACAAAAAAAAGGAAGAAAGGGUUUUAGUUUUAGUUUUGUCGAUAUUGGCAUUUAAUCAUCAGCCAGUGUGGUCCACUGCAGAUAUGAUGGACGGACCCUGACCUCAACGAGUGAGUGUUAUUAAGAGGAACCAUUACAGAGUGCUGCGGGGGGGGGGUUUGCUUAACAGUUGGGGAAACCUGCAAUGAAACCUGAUUUAUUUUAGGUUUGAUUAAAAGAUAAUGAAUUUAGGCCAGGCAGCUUUCAUUACAAAACUUUAAAACCCUUUAUUGUAAAUGACGAUGACUUGCAUUGUAUCUUUUGCUGGAAGAUAAGUUCCUAUAGCCCCAAACAAAGUGCUGUAGUACAGCUUGAGUGUGGCUGGAUGAAGGUGUAUCUCAGAUCCAUCCAAUCUGAGCCCUAAAGUUGUAUCACCUCUGAAAUACAUUGGUUCUAAUGGACUUCCUUGUUCUAGGUCUCAAUCCUAAAAACCCUUAAAGAAAUAAUCCGACAAAAACAUGCGAGACAGGCAAUGCAUAGCUUCCUCGAUUUAAUAUUUGUUUUGGCAAUGUUCCAUCAUGUUGACAACGUAUGACAACUCAUAAACCUGCAUAUCAUGGAACUUACCAGUUAACAACUUGAGUUUACACUUCUUUGGAAGUUGAGGCAUCAGUAUGUUGUGCUUGUCAGAUCAUCUAACAGUCCCCAAACCAGAGGCGUUGACUCGGGUCACAUGACUUGGACUCGAGUCAGACUCAAGUGACAAAUCUGAUGACUUUAAAAAUGACUUAACAAAGACUUUCAACUCGACUUGAUUAACACCAACGACUCCAAGUGACUUCACUGUCACCUGAAAAUGGAUAACUUCCCUCAAACCCAAAGAUGAAAGAUGAUGUUAUUUAAAAAGCAUGCGCACGAAACUGAUCAACUUCCCGGUACCGGUAGAUGACUCUGACUGCUUCGGAGAUGUUGGGUUAAUUUACUUGAUUUGUUUGGAACGAUAAUUUAGUCACGGAGAAAUAACUAAACAAACUUUUUUUUGUGUGUAUUGCCAAAUCCCCGAAAAAGAACUCUCAACUCUAGACUCCGUUUUUUAGUGAAUAUUAUUAGGACUUGCAUUUGAUUAUCAGGACUUGACUUUUGUAGGGUGUGGUUUUACAUUAUACCUCCGGUACAGCUUUGCAUUGUGGCUCUGAUUACUGCUUGAUUAUUUGAGUGCAUUCUGAUAUAGUGUUUUACUUGAUUUCAGAGAAGCAGCUGUAUGGGGCCAUGAUUCAUGUAUUGAUGUGGGGGAUUAACCAUAAAAAAAAUCUCAAACAUGAAAUUGUUGGAUGAACAUCUGGCUAGCACCCCAAGAACAAAUAGGCAAUCCUCUACACCACGAAUCAAUUCAUUUCCCUUCAUUUAGUGAAUCAACUAACGUUAACACUAUUCAUUCCCAGAAGUUGACACUUAAUUCCCCAGAUCCACUUUGUUUUUAACCAAUCCGACAACAAGUUGCAGGAAAAAACAUGAAGAACUAACAAUACGUUACACAGCACCAGUUGGUGCCAUUUACUCUGUUAAAAAGGCAUUUCAUUGGGCGAAGAGCACAUAAGGACUUCUUUAGGACUCAAAACUCAAAGUUUAGGGCUUUGUCAGUCUUGACUCAGGACUUGCCUGUCUUGACUUGGGACUUGAGUGUAAAGACUAGACACUCUUGUGAUUUGUGAGACAAUGACUUGGUCUCACCUCUGCCUGAAACAUCUUCCCCCAACUUUGUUAUGAUUUAGGUGGGCUGUAAAAGUAUGAACAAUUCAUAUAGGUAUGGGCAGGGUUUGAAAUUCUCCCUCAAGCCCCCUUUCUUCAUUUUUACUUAAAUAUGUGAGUCACCUUUCAACAACUGAGGACAAGACUACGGAUGUCUUUGAGGAUUGGUUGUGCCGUUUUCUCCAUUUGAAUGAUACAUCAUGUCUCGCCCCUCUGGUUGAGGAUGAGAGGACAAAAGGUUGUGGGCCUACCUGACCCCCAGUGAGCUUGACUUGUUCAAGCCUCCAGGGAAGCACCAGGCUUUGGAGCAAUUUUACACAGUGGCCAAAUGGUGGAAUUACAAUUUCCGGGUCCGUCACGUUUUUAGGUAAACCAACUGCCCAGUACGAACAAAUGAACAGCCAUUAUUUAAAUGAUCAGGUCCUAAAAGUUGUAAAAUACACUAAUUGCCAAAUCCAGAGUUAUCUUCCUUCCUCCAUUCAUGUGAAUGAGCCUGAGAGCGAGGCUGGACCAGGAGGCAGGGGAAAGAAAACAGUGCUUAGUUUGGUGCUGGGCAGGAGAUGUACAAGUGUUAAUUCUCUGUGGAUCCGUCACUAGGAGUGACCUCUUUCAUAUACUCAUUUGAUCCAUUUUACUAUAGAACGACUGCUUUAGCAUAGCUUUAAGACUGACUGUUUGUGCUCAAGCUAAGAAUAAUCCCAGACUUAUCUCCGUACUGGACACAGAGAUGAAAUUGAACUUUUGUCUAAUUGUUGGCCAACAAAGGCAUGUCCCCUUAUGUUACCGAAAGUAGGGAAUGGGUCAUUUUCCAUGACGUUGUCACAUGCAAAAGACUGCACCACAGCUGCUGGGCCUCUAUAAUAAACACACGGUAAACAUUUAGUAGGGUGAAUUACAAAUUGUAAAACACUAAUAUUAAUUUGAGUGCAGUUGCCAAAUUUGAUGCUUUGUGUCAAAUUGUAUUUUCAGGUACCACAGUGAACUCAACGUGUAAGUUUGAGAGAGUGUUCGAGCAGAUAUUAAACAUUGUGAUGUUAUCUAUGGUUGUUGGUUGGCAGGUUUCUUUAUUGCUGUAAGUUGUCCUUCCAUAACCAAAUGUGAAC